GAUAGAGCAGAUGGUCCAACUACAUAACUUUUUAUUUUUCAUUACUUCUAUGGUCGUGCCUCGUGGCACGGCAGCACCCUUACUAUUGAAAUGGUUCGUCAGUAGAGAUGUUCCCACAGGUGCCCCUUUUUCCAAUGGGACUCUAAUUCCUAUUCUUAUCCCUUCAUUCCCUCUUUUGGUCUAUCUACAUUCCAGGAAAUUCAUACGCUCCAUGAACGGAGUCUUGGUCAGAGCAAGCCGCCCUAUUCUAUUACCAGACAUAAUUGGGAGAAGCUCAUCCGAAACUAGAGCUGGAAACGCCUCAUUUCGUUUCGUUCCCGUUCUUUAUUUCCUUCUUCUCGAAUCCAAGGGGGACUUCUCAUAUUUAGAAUCUUUCUGCGGUGUGCUCUGUUUACUAUUCUUUCGUACUCUCUUCUCUUUACCACGCGAUAGGUCAGCAAAGCGUGAGCGGGCGCGGAGAAGGAAACGCCAAACACUUCGGCCUAACCCUAACGGGAAUGAGCAACAACGAAAUGACAAGAUGGGGUGCUCCGGGCACCCCCAUUUAGAAAGAAGGGUAGAAGGUUUUGGGCCUGUAGCUUUCCCCGUCCCCCCUUCGUCGGGUGGUGCUUGUGUGGGGGGUCUGCCACCUGAACCUGAAAUCGGGCUUGAAGCUCUCGCCUUACCAACGAGCCGACAGCUGAUGGCUGUUGGUCACGACUACCACCAAAAAGCUCCAAUGAAGAUGAAUAUUUCACAUUUUGGAGUGUGCAUCUGUAUGUUGGGUGUUCUUCUGUCGUGCGACCCGGCGGCUUAUGUGCGACCUGUGGCCCACGCCUCCUAUUUGUUCAGGGCGGGCGGCGUGAACUCUGACUCGAUCCGGGUAUUCAAUCCCGCCGCUGAGAUGCUCAGUUGACUCCUUAACCUUGAUAGGAAGAUGGCUUAU